AUGCACGACCACCUGGCCGCCCUCCUCCGCGGCGGCGGCGGCGGCCGUCACCCGCGCGCAGUCCACGGCGCCGCCGCGAAGCUCGGCUGCCUCGCCUCCAUCUACCUCUGCAACAACCUCCUCCUCUCCUACAUCAGCGGCAGCCUCCACGCGGAAGCACGCCGCCUGUUCGACGAAAUGCCCCAGCGCAACGUCGUCUCCUGGUCAGUCCUCGUCUCCGGCGCCUCUCGCCUCGGCGACCUCCGGGAGGCCUUUCUUCUCUUCUCCGACAUGCUUCGUAGCGGGGAGCGCGGAAGCUGCGACCGCCCCAACUCGUUCGUGCUGGGCGCUCUGGUCGCCGGGUGCGCCCGUGCCAAAGACACCGUCGCGGGCUCGCAAGCGCAUGCCUCCGCUCUCAAGUUUGGUGUGGCCGAGGACGAGAGCGUUGCGGGGGCGCUGGUGGAUAUGUACUCCAAGUGCGGGCGCGUGGACUCGUCGUGGCGGGCGUUUGCGCUCUCGCCGCAGAGGUGCGUCGCCAGCUGGACGAGCAUAAUCAGCUGCCUUGUCAACCAGGGAUGUUCAGAGCACCGUGAUGCAGCAAUUGCCUUGCUAAAGAGGAUGCUGCUCUUGAAGGUUUGGCCAACAAACGCAACGUUUUCUUGCAUCCUCAAGGUAUUUGAUGCACCCGAGUUGCUCCCUGGUGGGAAGCAAAUCCACGGCUGCUUAUUGAAGAUGGGAACUGAUGUUGAUCCUGCUUUAGGAACCGCCCUUAUAGCGAUGUAUGGUAGAUGUGGUGGAGUGAAUGAGAUGGCUAGGUUGUCUUGCCGGAUAAGGCAUGAUGCCUUCUCCAGGACUUCACUUCUUGUAGCUUUUGCACGGAAUGGAUGCAACAUGGAGGCAGUUUGGAACUUUCGUGAGAUGGUCAUGGAAAAUAUGGCGAUUGAUCAGUCAGCUGUAACUAGCCUACUGCAGGUUUGUUCAUCAUUGGGACAGCUGAGAAUGGCCAAGGAGGUCCACUGCUAUGCUCUGAAGACUUUCUUUAAGCUGGAUACAUUACUGCUCAAUGCAACCAUCACUGUUUAUGGAAGAUGUGGGGAUGUCAUGAGUGCAGAGAUUAUAUUUGAUCGUUUGGAAAACAAAGACAUUAUAUCAUGGACGGCAUUAUUAACUUGCUACACACAAAAUGAUCUUGCUCUGGAGACACUCUUGCUCUUCAGGGAAAUGCUUCGGAAAGGCUUAGGAUCUCCCGUCUUUUGCAUUACCAGUGUGCUAAGGGCCUGUUCUAGCACCACAAAUUAUGCUGUUGGGUGGCAAAUUCACUCGAGGGCGGUGAAGUUAGGAAUUGAUGAUGCCAAUUCAGUUGAGAAUGCCCUUUUGACUAUGUACGCCAAGUGCGGAAGUGUUCAUAUUGCACUGAAGAUUUUCAAUUCAAUGAGAAGUAGAGGCAUUAUCUCGUGGAAUGCACUAAUCACAAGUUUUUCACAGCAUGGAAAUGAGGUGGCAGCCAUUCAGCUAUUUGAUCUGAUGCAAGAAGAAGCAGUUUGUCCAGAUGAUUACACUUUUGUCGGGUUGUUAUCAUCUUGCAGCCGAAUGGGCCUAGUUGCUGAGGGUUGUGAGUAUUUCAAACUGAUGAACACCAAGUACAGUGUGAAGCCUAAGAUGGAGCACUACACAUGCAUGGUUGAUCUUUUUGCCCGCGCUGGAAGAUUUUCUGAUGCACUCGAGUUUAUUGAUGCUAUGCCUUGUCAUCCGGACCAACUCGUGUGGGAAGCUUUGCUAGCUUCAUGUAGGACUCAUGGUAAUGUGGAAUUGGGAAGGCUGGCAGCAAAGAAGAUUCUUGAAAUAAGACCAGAUGAUCCUUCACCAUACAUUACAUUAUCCAGCAUUCAUGCUUCAAUUGACAUGUGGGAAGAGAAGGCUUGGAAUCGUACUGUGUUUGAUGUCCAGCGAGUAAGAAAAGAUGUGGGAAGUAGUUGGGUUGCUGGAGAAGAAUUUUCAGAUAAUACAUGCGAUGUAUUACAAGUUGGAAUAACGUAA